UGGGAAUUGUAGUUCCGCGUGCGCGUUGAGCAAGUCGCGGGACCGCGGGGACCACCGGGAUGUGUAGUUUACAGCCCCAGGCAUGAACACCGGGAUUCGGAUGCUGACUCGCAGUCGGAGCCGCGCGCCUAGGAUCACGGCAGAAGGGUGUGGGGAGGAGCUCACGCCGCGAGAAGCUCCUGCAGCAGAAGGAAGAAAAAGCCACCUGCCUGUGAAACACCCACGGCAGACGCGGAAGCUACGUGUGGCCUAUGAGGUUUCCGGUGGUGAGAAGGAUGAGGAUACUGAGCCCCUCAAAGUGCCAACGUGGGAGCCCCAGAACUGGCAGCAGCAACUGGCCAACAUCCGAAUCAUGAGAAGCAAGAAGGAUGCACCUGUGGACCAGCUGGGCGCUGAGCACUGCUAUGAUGCCAGUGCCCCCCCAAAGGUACAGAGGUACCAGAUACUCCUGUCGCUGAUGCUCUCCAGCCAGACCAAAGACCAGGUGACAGCGGGUGCCAUGCAGCGCCUACGGGCCCGGGGCUUGACCGUGGAAAACAUCCUACAGACAGAUGAUGACAUGCUGGGCAGGCUCAUCUACCCUGUGGGCUUCUGGAGGAACAAGGUCAAGUUCAUCAAGCAGACAACCGCCAUCCUGCAGCAGCGCUAUGAAGGGGACAUCCCUGCUUCCGUGGCAGAGCUAGUAGCCUUGCCAGGUGUUGGACCCAAGAUGGCACACUUGGCUAUGGCUGUGGCCUGGGGGACUGUAUCAGGCAUAGCGGUAGACACACAUGUACACAGAAUCGCCAACCGACUGAGAUGGACCAAGAAGGUGACCAAGACCCCAGAGGCGACACGCACAGCCUUGGAGGAGUGGCUACCCAGGGGGCUGUGGAAUGAGAUCAAUGGACUGCUGGUGGGCUUUGGCCAACAGAUUUGCCUUCCUGUCCAUCCUCAAUGCCAGGCCUGCCUCAACCAGGCCCUGUGUCCUGCUGCCCAGAACCUUUAAGAGUCACAGGGCUUCCUCUGGCCAGUGUCUGUGAAGUGCCUUUGUGGGAGGGGUAAUGGAGUUUGGAGUCCGCAGGGCGUGUAAUAAAGCUGGGGGGUUAUUCACACUUGA